UAAAGCCAUUUCGAUUUUAUUAAUGAAAAGAUUAAUCUCUUAACUUAAUUUGACUCAGAGCUUUAGUAAAUUAAAUAAGAAAUGAAAUCUUACAGAGAAGAAAAUCAAUAUCUUUAGAAGAAGAAAAAGAUUGUUAAUAAUCAAAUAAAAUCAUUGAAGAGAAGGCUUAAAAAGCUGCACUAUUAAAUUUAAAGGGUGAUUCUUCUGAGGAAUAAAAAUAAAUCCUCGAAAUAUUACAGGUUUAGAUAUAUCAAAUAAAUAAACUUAAAUAAGAAAUUUAAUUUUUGAAGAAGGAUAAAAUUCAAGAUUAAUAAGAUAUUACUUAACUAGAACAACAUGAACCGUAUAUUAUUUAAAAAGUGCUAGAAACUUUAU